AUGGUUGACGACGCCAAGCGGCUGCGGGCGGCCGGCCUGAUCAAGACCGGGCGGGCGGUGUCGCUGAGCCGGGAGUUCCCGGUGACGCCGGCGCCGAACAACCCGACGCCGGCCAUCCACUACAUGCGGAAGGGUCCGCGGGAUCCGGGCGGCGGCAUGUCCACGGACUACUACGGCAUCUCCUACCACGGCACCGCCACCACGCACCUGGACGCCCUUUGCCACGUGUGGGACCACAACGGCAUGUGGAACGGCAAGGACCCCAACGAGAUGAUCCAGUUCGACGGAGCCAAGUACGGGUCAGUGGAACACUGGAAGGAAGGCAUCAUCACGCGGGGAGUGCUGCUGGACGUGCCGCGCCACCGGGGCACCGACUACGUGACCCAGGAAACACCGAUCCAUUCCUGGGAACUGCAGGAUAUCUGCGACGCCCAGGGUGUGCAGAUGGAGCCGGGCGACGCCCUGGUGGUGUACGGUGGCCGAGAGAAGUGGAACGCCGACGGCAACGCCAUCUGGGGCAGCGACCCGACGCAGCGGCCGGGUCUGCAUACGUCGUGCCUGAAGUUCAUCCGGCAGAGCGACUGCUGCGUGCUGGUGUGGGACAUGAUGGACCACACGCCCAACGGGUACGACCUGCCGUGGUCGGUGCACGGCAGCAUCUUCGCCUACGGCAUCGGGCUGCUGGACAACGCGCUGCUGCAGCCGCUGGCGGAAGCCUGCGCCGAGGAGGGCCGCUGGGAGUUCAUGCUGACCAUCAACCCGCUGCGGGUGGUGGGCGGCACCGGCUCGCCGGUGAACCCGGUGGCGCUACUGUAG